UGGUGUAGAUGGUUGGCGGCUACACCUGGGGCUUGCUCGACGGUUCGCCGUCGCCGCAGAAAGCGUAGGUUCGAAUCCUGCUCCUCUCUCAACUUUCGCCUUCAACGCUGCAGAAUUUUCAUUGCCGGACAAGGAUCCUUCUUCAAAAAAGGCAAGGACAUGCAGAUCGACAUGAUGAGGGGUAGCGACCCACUCCUUACGCAGUUUCAAAUUUGAAGAACAAAGGCAAAAAGAGGGAGGUUUUUCAUCACUUCGCGUGGUUUUCCUUCAUCUGCCCUGCAGGAAAGAAUUUGUGGAAUAAUUGCAUAGCUCUCAGAGCCAGGUCAAUUCAAUGAGUUCAAGCCAAGCCAAGCCUCAUCCUUCAAAUGGGGUAGCAAAUCCGCGGUUCCAAACUUAUCAUUCUGGUUAUGGCUCAAGUAUUCCAGUGCAGCCCACAUCACCGCGGAUUGAGGUCCGCGCCAUCCUCGAACCUGAUUUAGCCACACCACCGCGAACCUUGCCGCCACGAAUAUUCCUGCCUGUCGUCCUAUCUCUAUAUCUUGGAGUGGUCGACUAUCUUGUGGAACGCACACUAGGUCGAACUAUAUGUAUCGGGUCGGCAUCGGCACCCGAGACAAUAUGCGUGGUAUAUGCCAAUCUAUGCGAUUCUUCCAAACGGCAACCUCCAUGUACUAGCACUCGGUCUCUCCCGAGGGUUUUGGUCCUGCAGGAUGUACGGCAUAGUGAUUCUACAAACUGGCGAGGCUUGGCGGAGAUUGGGAGUAUGCCUGUGGGAGACGAAGGCUCUUCCUGCCGGAGUUGUUCUGUCGGAAGAAGGCGAAGCGCUGAAACAUUCUUUAGAGGCGGCUGGGUACCUGUGGAGAAUGGUUCGGGGUCUUUAUGGAGAGAUGGGUUAGAAAAUGCCCAGUUUCCAGGUGAUAAUGGUGAUGGCGGAGCCGUCAACGUCGGCAUUUCUAUAGAGCUGCGAUCCGCGCGUAUGGUCCCAUAUUCCACCAUUUUCCCUCCACCCGCGCGUUAUAAUACCGUUAAGUUUAUAGCCUUGGGCUUAGGAAAGUCUCUGUUAAACGUAAUGAAAUAUCCUGUGUUGACCAUGGCUUGCGCUCCAGUAACCUGA